AUGGGCUGUGCCAUCUGCCUCGACGGCUUCUCCCAGGACGCCUCCGACGAGCAGCGGCCCGUCGCCCUCGCGUGCGGUCACCUCUACCACCUCGACUGCCUCGAACAGUGGUACCAGACAUCCGACCGCGCCAGGCGCAACAAGCACCACCUCUGCUGCCUCUGCAAGACCACCACCCCGCGCGAUGGCCUCGUCAAGCUCUUCCCGCAGGAGAGCGGCGACCUCGACCGCUACCUCGCUUCCCACAAGGCCGAAAUCGACGAGCGCCUACUCCAGCCCGCGCACCCUCCCCCGUCGGAUCAUCACGCGCACCCAACCGGCGACCGCGACUAUGCCGACGUCCGCGCCGCCGCCGUCAGAAAGGAGCACGACGAGGCAAACAAGCUGCUCGGCUCCCUCCUCGACCUCAACCAGCACCUCCAGCACUGGGUCCAGGCGGUCCACGGCGUCCGCGUCGAGACCGUGGUACGCUCCGGCUCCAAGAUCAGGAAGCUCGUCGCAGACCUCACCGACGGGCAGCAGCUGGCCACCAACGCCCGAGGCGAUCUUGAUGCCUCGCUGUCGUCUCUCGAGGCCGCCGUCAAGAGCCUAGAUGCGCAGCGCACCGCAUUCAGCGAGGCGGAGCGUCUGCUCUCGCAGCAAAAGGCCAGGUACCGCGUCAAGUCGAAUGACCUCCGCGGACGGGCCGAGGACCACGCCAAGAAGCUCGCCGACGCCGAGAAGCGCUUCGCCGAGCUCCGAGCCGAACGCAAGGCGGUCGAGGACAUCAUCGCAAAGGCCGUCAAGACCACCGAGGAGCAGCAGAAGCGAGAGGCAUCGCUCGCCGAACGCACAGAGGCCCUCGAGGUGCAGCAGCGCGAGCUCGAGGCGCAGCGCAGGCAGCUUCGGCUCGAGACGGCACAAAAGGCGCGCGCCAUGGAGCAGACGCUCCAGGACCGCACGCUCGAGGCCCAAGACAAGGUGGCCAAGUCGGCGGAGAGAGAGAACGAGGCGGUGCGCGAGCGAGACGCCGUCCUGCAGAAGAACAAUCAGCUCGCCGACCAGCUGCGCGUCCUCCAGAGCGAGGUCAAAAAGGCCAGGAUGAAGCUGGACAAGAAGACCGACGAGGCCAAGGAGACGACGCGGCUCAGAAAGAAGCUGGCCGAAACGCAGCAGCAGCUCAGGCUAGAGAGGAAACGCAAUGCCGCCUGCGUCGCCGCCGCCACCGGCACGGCCGCCUUGCCCUCGUCGACCUCGUUGUCCGGCAAGUCGCUGGUGUCCGGCGUCGGAGAGAUGGCGCUGCCCGACGGGGUCCGGUUCGGCCACCCGACGGACGCAAGAGCUUGGACGCAAGGCGGAUCCGAUGCAUGCCUGCCGGACUCUUCGCCGUCGUCAAAGGCCGCCGUGGCCAAGGCGGAGCGGGCUGGCAGCAACGGGCUCAGCCUGCCGUCGAGCACGCUGCUGGUUGAAAGCGAGGACCUCGACGACGAGCUGCUGCAAGACAGCCUCUACCCGAUGCCCGGCCUCGCCACAUCUCCGGGCCCGAGGACCGGACUCGCUCGCUCCGUCUCUGCCCGAUCAGCCGGUGUGGGCGCGCAUAGGGACUUUGGCACCAAGGCUCGUCCGGCAACGUCUCCGUUCAGAGCCACGGUCAAGCCGCGGCAGCCGCUGCUGUCGAUGCGCCCGCACCAGGGCACGAUCCACUUCCACCGAUCGAGCAGCGAUGGCGCCGUCAAGUCGUCGUCGCCGCCGCAGCCGACGCUGUCCAAGGCGGCCAUCUCGGCGAGAUACGAGGGCAAGGAUGAGAUCAACAGGUCGGUCAUCGACCUAUGCGACUCUUCGUCCGCCGCGGAGGAUAGCAAGGAGAAUGCGAAGGCGGAAAGGAAACGGGCCGACAUGCCCUCGCUCAACUCGUGGCUCGAGAAGCGCAACGGCAUCGUCCUGGGCCCGAAGCGGAGGCGCAAGUAG